AUUGAUUUAGUGAAAUAUAUAAUCAUGUCUCUUCCGACGCUUUACGAGCACUACACGGGUGGUGGGAUAUCGGCUGGAUUAUCGGCCGAUCAACCUUACUUCACCUUGAACAACAAGAACAUAACGCUCUUCAGCGGCGCUUUGCACUACUUCAGGGUUCCCCAAGAGUACUGGAGGGAUAGGUUGAGGAAGAUGCGAGCUGCGGGUUUGAACACUGUGGAAACUUACAUCCCUUGGAACCUGCACGAACCUGAGCCCGGCGUAUACGAUUUCGGUUUCGGAGGAAGCGAUUUCCAAGAUCUUCUGCACGUGGAGAAGUUCUUGAAAAUAGCGCAAGAGGAGGAUUUGUUCGCUAUAGUGCGUCCAGGUCCUUACAUCUGUUCGGAAUGGGAAUACGGCGGUCUUCCCAGCUGGUUGCUGCGUGAAAAAGGGAUGAAAGUCAGGACGAGCGACGAGAAAUUCAUGGGUCACGUGGAGAGAUAUUUCAAGGUUCUUUUCGCAAUUUUAACCAUGUUCCAAUUCACCAAAGGAGGUCCAAUCAUCUCCUUCCAAAUUGAAAAUGAGUUCGGUUCAAUGGGUAUUAAGGAAGACGCAUAUCUUAACGGUUUGAAGAAGAUGUUCGUGGAUGGCGGAUUGACGGAGCUGUUCGUCACGUCGGAUGGACCGUCGUUCGGUAAUUUGGGGCAGAUCGAUGGGGUUCUUUACACGGGGAACUUCGACGCCGAUCCUGAAGACCACCUGGAUAUCAUGAAGACCUUCCAGAAGGAUAAGCCUUCGAUGGUGAUGGAGUAUUGGUCCGGAUGGUACGACCAUUGGGCGGAGAAACAUCACAAAGUAAAGAACGAUUAUUUCGCCGAUAUCUUCGAAAGGAUCCUCAAAUAUCCGUCUUCCAUUAAUCUGUACAUGUUCCACGGAGGAACCAGCUUCGGAUUCAUGAACGGAGCCAACAUCAUGGAUAUUGGUAUAGAUAAUGAUUCCUAUAAACCCGACACAAACAGCUACGAUUACGACGCUCCAUUGAACGAAAACGGCGAUUACACCGAUAAAUAUUACAUCACCAAAGAGCUGAUCGAAAAGUACAACGACGUAAAGACUUUGCUUCCAGAAGAACCAGCUUUAACACCGAGAAUCGCUUACGAAAAUAUUACCGAAAUAAAGCAAAUCAGCUUCGAUGAAGCGUUGAAACAAGCUCCGCACAACAUCAAAAGCGACGUUCUUUUACCAAUGGAAUUGUUGGACAUCAACAACGGCGCUGGACAAAGCUACGGUUACAUAGUUUACAGGAAGACUAACUUGAAUAUUCCCCAAGGAUCGACUUUGAAGAUCGGAGGAAGGGUUACCGAUUCCGUUUUCGUUUUGAUCAACGGCGAAUUGAAGAGCAAAGUUCUUGAGAGUCAAGCGGAUCUGGAUGGGUUCGGUUUUUGGAAGGCCAAGGAUUCUUCACUGUAUUUAGGCGAUGAGGCUUACGAGGGAGCAACUUUAGAGCUGGUCGUGGAGAAUUGGGCUCGUAACAAUUUUGGUCUUCAGGGUCAGUUCGAGCAAUACAAAGGAAUCUGGCAAGGGAACGUCAGUUUAAAUGAAGAUAACCCUUUGGAAGAUUGGGAGUUAAUCCCUUUGGAAUUCAAGACGAACUGGACAAAUUCGCUGUCCGGUUGGGAGAGCCAGAAGGAAGUUACCGGUCCGGCCUUGUACAAAGCCAUCCUCGAGAUCGAAGGUGAACCCAAAGAUACUUACAUCGAUAUGAGAGAUUGGAACACCGGUAUAAUCAUCGCGAACGGUUUCGUCUUAUCCAGACACAUGCGUCUUGGACCGCAACAAUCCGUUUACCUUCCUGGACCGUUCCUGAAGCAGGGAAAGAACGAAAUCGUCAUCUUCGAGCACUUCAAAGCCGCGACCUCAUUAACCUUCUCCGAUAAGCAAAUUUUUGAAACGCGUAAAUAAUUUGUAAAUUUUUGUUAUUGUCAAACUGUAAACAAUAAAAACUGUGUAUGUCACAAUGACAUUUGUCAAAUCGA